GUGGCCGGCGCACGCGCACAGGGUCAGCUCCCCGCGCAAUGGAGCGGGUGUUGGCGGACGCGCUUCUGGCGCAGAGCCGGGAGCCCUGCGCACUGCUGGGGACACUGUGCGGCGGAGAGGCGACUGCGGAGCGGGCGGAGAAGCUGGCGCUGGCCGGGGACGCGCCGCCCGCGGUGGGUGCGCGCCUGCUACCUGCCCUGUCCUUGAGUGCAGAACCGGCGCUGCGGGAGGCUUGGGACACGUUGGCCUCCUCGGGACCCGAAGCUGAAGGCCGCACUGGGCCAGAGCUGCUGGUGCUGAGCGCGCUGGCCGAGAAGCUGCCGUCAGCUGAUGCGCGCCAUGCGGACCUGGAUGCGCGCCUCCGCGGCAGCUUCUGGAGAACCGUACAGGCGGGGCUGGGCCGCGCGCAGGACGCGCUCACGCGCAAGCGCGCGCGCUACCUGCUGCAGAGGGCAGUGCAGCUGUCUGCAGAGCUGGCUAUGGACUGUUACUGCGGUCCCCAGGACACAUUGGGUCCAAGCCUGUUCUGGUGGUCUGAGAAGAAAAAAGACGAGCUUCUAAAGUUUUGGGAAAACUAUAUCUUGAUCAUGGAAGUUCUAGAAGGAAAUCAGAUACAUGUCAUAAAGCCAGUCUUACCAAAGCUAAACAGUCUGUUUGAAUACGCAGUAUCAGAGGAAAAUGGCUGCUGGCUCUUCCACCCCUCCUGGCACAUGUGCAUUUAUAAAAGAAUGUUUGAAAGCGAGAAUAAAAUCCUGACCAAAGAAGGCGUGAUCCACUUCUUGGAGCUGUAUGAAGUGAAAUCGCUUCCAUACUCACCGGAACUCUCCGAGUUUAUUACUGGCCCACUGAUGGAUGCCCUCUCAGAGAGCUGUCUGUACAGCAGGUCCCCAGGGCAAUUGUUGGGAAGUGGCUCUCCCCUGGGAUUAAAGCUGCAGAAGUUUCUAGUCACUUAUGUUUCUCUUCUUCCAGAAGAAACAAAGAGUCAUUUCCUGUUAAAGUUCAUUCAGAGGAUGGCAGAUAGACACUGGUGUGCCGUGCCGAUUUUGUUCCUUUCCAAGGCUUUGGCAAGCUUGCCCAGAUGUAAGGCCCUGGGUGGAGAAGGGCUUCUUGCCCUCAGGGAUGUUCUCCAGUGCACCAUGAUCACACACCAGGUCCUCCUGAGAGGAGCAGCACAGUGCUAUCUUCUUCAGACAGCCAUGCAUCUGGUGGAUGUGGAGAAAGUGUCUCUUUCUGACAUCUCAGCUUUUCUUGUGUCUCUGAGACAAGAGGAGUCCUUGGGACGAGGGACCAUGUUGUGGACAGAGCUCUGUGACUGGCUACGUGUCAACGAAAGAUACUUCAGGCAGUCCUCGAUUGGUGGCUCUGAUGGACAGGAGACGUCGUUAAAUGCUUAUGUGAAGAAGCUAGUUCAGGAGUUUGUGAAGUCUCCUGGUUGGGAAAGAGAAAGCUGCUUUAUGCCAGACUGGCUUGAAGCCAGGCUGACUUCUCUGAUGGUUCUUCUGGCUGUGGACGUGGAAGGAAUGAAGACUCAGUUCAGAGAAAAGCAGAGGACUCAGAACGUGUUGAGGAUCUUCUUAGACCCCCUGCUGGAUGCACUGGGGAAGCUCGCCACCAAUGCCUACAUGCCCUUGCUGAGGACUGACCGGUGCCUCCAGCUGCUGGCGAGGUUGCUGCAUUCUUGUGUGCCAAGAGGUUCCAGUGGCCAAGAUGAUGAGGUGUCCUCUGUCCUCCAGACCUCCAUCAUGUCUGUUGCAGACAGCGUGUCUCAGUUUGUGCUCAGGAGACUUACCAUGAAUGAGCUGCAGAGCGUGGCAGAUCUGGACCGCUGCCAGCUAUAUCUGAAGGUGUUGGCUGAACUCACGAGUCUCCAGGUGAAGCAGGGCUGGAAAGCAGGCAACCCUAUCAGCCGAGUCAUUUCUCCUUUGAAAAAUGCAUGCAUUCACCAUCUGCAGGAGGCUGAGGAUGGAGAGGAGCCAACCCUGGGUCAUCAGGUGCAGAGAGCAGUCAGCAUGGCCACCCUGGCAGCUCUGUGUGAAGCUGUGGACCAGCACCCAGUGCUGCAGCUGGAUGCUGAGCCCAUGGACAGGUUCCUGUCAACUCUUCCACUCAAUCAGAUGCUGCAGAAGCCCCGUUCAGAGGAACAGAACGGCUGUGUGCAUCCCUUGGAGAAUGGCAGUGUUUUUGAAGAAUCAUCAUCUUCUCAAGGAUGGGGGAAAAUAGCGGCACAGUACCUACACGAUCAGUGGGUCUGCCUCUCCUUCCUGCUGAGAAAGCACUACCCCCUUAUUCCAACCACGGAAAGUGACAGGCUGGAGUGCUUUCUCCCUGCUGUCGAGAUGCCUGUGCAGACCCUGCGGUCCGCUCUGGACGUCCUCACGGUCCUCCCUGCAGGCUGCAUCUUACCUGUGUUCCGCUGUAUGGAGGUGCUGGUUCCCAAGCUCCUGACUUCAGACGAGUCACUCUGCAUAGAAUCUUUUGACAUGGCUUGGAAAAUCAUAUCUUCCUUGAGCAACACUCAGCUGACAUUCUGGCCUAAUUUAAAAGCCUUCAUUCACUUUGUUUUUAAUAAUGAAAUUCUUACCAUUGCUGCAAAACUCAAGGGUCAGGGAUACUUCAAAAUAAAAGAGAUUAUGUGCAAGAUAAUUGAAAUGUCCUCCAUAAAAACAGGGGUCUUCAAUAUUCUGAUCUGUCACUGCUGCCAGUCUUGGAUAGCAGCUGCUUGUGGUGUGUCCCACAGCAGCUUGUUCUCCAGUGCUAAGGAUUACAGUGAACUUGUCCUGGAGGCUUGUGUGUUUGGAACAGUGUUUAGGCGUGAUCAGAGACUUAUUCAGGAUGUCCAAACCUUCAUAGAAAACCUUGGACAAGACUGUGCGGCAAACAUCAUCAUAGAGAACACUAAGAGAGAAGAUUAUUACGUGAGAAUCUGUGCUGUCAAAUUCUUGUGUCUGCUAGAUGGCUCCGACAUAUCCCACAAGUUGUUUAUAGAAGAUCUUGCCAUCCAGCUCCUGGAUAAGGAUGAGUCAACAUCCAGAUCCAGAACUCGCUACCAUGAGAACUCCCUGCAGCACCGGGUGAAGAACCGGGCAUGGCAGACUCUGCUUGUCCUAUUCCCCAGAUUUGAUCAGAACUUCUUGAAUGGGAUUAUUGAUAAGAUUUUCCAUGCUGGCUUCACCAACAAUCAAGCAUCCAUAAAAUAUUUUAUUGAGUGGAUUAUUAUAUUGAUUCUUCAUAAAUUCCCCCAGUUUCUUCCAAAGUUCUGGGACUGUUUUUCUUACGGUGAAGAAAAACUUAAAACAAGCAUUUGUACAUUUUUAUCUGUUUUAUCACAUUUGGACAUCAUCAUUCAGAAUAUUCCAGAAAAGAGGCUGGUUCUGAAGCAGGCCCUCACCAUCGCUCUGCAGUGGUGUCUGAGCCACAACUUCAGCGUUCGACUCUACGCUCUGGUAGCACUCAAGAAGGCCUGGCAGCUAUGUAAAGCACUGAAGUUUGAAGAGUGUGACGCCUGGACCACAGUCAUCGAGUGCAGUCUCAGCCAGGCAGAAAGCAUGCAUGGAGCAGGGAAUGCCAGGAAGAACUGGCAGCGCAUCCAGGACCAUUUCUUCUUCUCCACGUUCCACCCCCUGAAGGACUACUGUCUGGAGACCAUAUUUUACACCCUUCCACGGCUCUCGGGUAUUACUGAAGAGGAGUGGAUCACAUUGGAUAAAUUUGCCAGCUUCACAGACAUCCCUUCCAAUACAGGGUCCCAUUGGUACCUGUCUGGGACUGCACUUGGUGAGCUGAGUCCAGGAGACUGGUCCCAGCAAGACCGAGGUUAUACCUUGGGUGAAGCAGAGAGCCAGUCAGAGUGGGCUGAUGUCCAGAAAAAGAUUAUCCCAUGGGGACACAAGGCUCUGGAGUCAGACCUGGAGCUUAUGUUUCAGGACCGGGCCGCCAAGCUUGGAAAGUCCAUUAGUAGACUGAUUGUCGUGGCCUCACUCAUCGACAAGCCAACCAACUUAGGAGGGCUGUGCCGGACCUGUGAGGUGUUCGGAGCUGCAGUACUUGUCGUCGGCAGUCUUCAGUGUGUCAGUGACAGACAGUUCCAGCACCUCAGUGUCUCCGCAGAGCAGUGGCUUCCUCUGGUAGAGGUGAGACCAGCCCAGCUAACAGAUUAUCUGCAGCAGAAAAAGGCGGAAGGCUACACUGUCAUCGGUGUGGAGCAGACAGCUCAAAGCUCAGACCUAGCCCAGUACCGCUUCCCUGAGAAGUCACUGCUUCUAUUGGGAAAUGAGCGGGAAGGAAUCCCAGCCAACCUGAUCCAGCAGCUGGAUGUGUGUGUGGAGAUUCCUCAGCAGGGCAUCAUCCGCUCACUGAAUGUGCACGUGAGCGGGGCCCUGCUGAUCUGGGAGUAUACCAGACAGCAGCUGCUCGGGUGUGCGGGGCUGGCAUCCUGAAGGCCGAGCCUCACCUGCCAUCUCUUGUGGUGCUAAUGGUGGUGUCUUAUAACCUACCGGACUAAUGAAAUAUUCUGAGAUGUCCUGGGAUUAUCUGCAUAUCUAACCUUACACCUCAAUGCCAAAACUUUUUCAAGUGCCUUAAAGUAUAUCACUAUAUAUUGUCCCCUUUUAGCUAAAUCAAAUUAACCUUUUUAAAUAUUUUAAGCAACUAUGAAAUUUUUAAACAUGAAUUUUUUUAAAUGUUCUUCCUAGAAACCAGUAUUGUCAGGGUGGCUAUGCUAACAGUGUGGAAGAAUUAAAGUUGUUACGUAUGAGCACCUAUGCCUUUCCGUUUUAAAACAUGGCAAGAUGUGAAUCAGCUCUCCCAAUAAAGGUCUUUAUACUCAG